GAGCAAGGGUUAGCCAGAUGACGACGUGGACAGUCCAUUGAACUUUAUCAGAAUUCGUAACAAGAUUUCCAUAAGUGAACCUGCGGAAGGACUAUUGUUAGAUGCCUAAACACGUUUCAAAUGACCCGUAAACACGUUUACGAACUUUUUGUGUCGGGUGGAUCGUGCCCCCUUUAAUGUGUCGGAAAACUUGUAGGCUGCCCACUUCUUGGCAUUUAUUUCUGUCUGAGGCAUUAAAUGCGAGUAAAUAUUUUCCCCAACUUUCUGCUUUGAAUUUCUCCAUUUUUUGUUCACUCCAAAUGCUGCUCCCUUCUCUGGUUGAAAAGCUCGUGCUUCUUCUUGCUGAAAGAUGCAGCAGAUGAAUGGCGUGGGAAGCAAUAUUAAAGCUUUGGAGAGUGGAAGAAGGAGACUGAGAUGGCCGUUUGAUGCGGUUCUGAGAUUUUUGGGUCUGGUUUUCACUUUGGUUGCUGCUGUUGUUGUUGGCGCUGAUAAUGAGUCGAAGAUUAUCUCUGUUACGCUCAUCAAAAGCUUGCCUCCUAUCCAUUUUUAUGCUUCUGCUAAGUGGCAAUACUUGUCUGCUUUUAAGUACUUUGUGGUGUCGAAUUGUAUAGCAUGUGCGUAUGCAGCUGUGUCGUUGGUGUACUCGGUGGCGACCAAAGGUUACAAAGACAAUCCAAUGAAAUGGAUGUUGCUCAUGACCUUUGACCUGAUCAUGGUAGGGCUAUUGUUCUCUGCCGAUGGUGCUGCUGCAGCCAUUGGAGUCAUCGGUCGAGCUGGGAACUCACAUAUGCAAUGGAUAAAAGUCUGUGGUUUCUUUGAAGGGUACUGUCACCACUUCACAGCUGCACUUGUUAUCUCCAUUGCUGGUUCUGUCAUGUUUCUUUGUUUGGUUGUGCUUUCUGCUUUGAAUCUUUACAAGAAAUGAAAUUAGGAGAUUGACUAUGGGCUCGUUUUUGGUGGUUUGACUGGAUUCGUUUCAACCUAGAGUGAAAUUAUAAACAUACCUAACAUUUCUAUGUUCAUCGUCCGGUUGGUCUGUACUUAGCUUUCUAAACUUUUAAUUUUAUGUUACUAACUCCAAACACAGCACUAAGAAUGUUAUGCACAUUCCAACAA